CCUGUUGGUGUACACCCCCUAUACAAAAUCCCUGGCUUCAAGAUCGAAGGUUUCUUCCUAAAUAUAAUACACUAGUUGACUCUCAAAUAGAUUCCACUGGAUGAAGAGUAUUUCAGUCAAUUCUAAUUACUCCAUAUACCUUCAGUAUAUUGAGAUCAACUGUUUUCCCUUGAUAGAAAUCAUUUCAUUUUAAUGAAAUGUAAUAGAUUUGAGUGAAAUACAUACUUCAGUGCUAGGAGUGAUGGCUUAGCAUUAAUAUGAAAAUAAUACACAGGUUUAUUAUUGUAGAGGAAACAUUUAAUGUCGAUUUAUGCAUUAAAUUGUCAUUAGUAGUACCAAUGCUACUUUGAAUUCCAAAAAUUCAGCAUUAAUUAACUUUCGCUGAGAAAUAAAUCAAUGCAUUAUUUUCAGUUUUAAUGCUAAGCCAGCAUCUCUAUUCAGUGCCAAGCAUUCAAAAUACUGAGAGGAAAAUAAAAUUAAGAGAAGACUUCUCAUGAAAAUAAAUGGCUUUACUGAGAAGACAUUUCCGUUCCUAAUUAUGUAAUUUAAUCUCAUGUAAACUGACAACGUUCAUAUUCUAUUCGAAGCGAAUCAAAAACUAGUUAUUUUUUUUUGCGAACCCUUAAUGAGUUACAUAUUCUUCAGAAAAUAUCCUAUCUUAAAUCUUUGCUCGACAAGCUAUAAAUUUGUAUGACAAUUUCAAAUGAAAAAAUAUAACAUUAUUUUCGAUAAGACAAUACUGCCAUCUGUAAAUUCUAAAACAUAUUCUUCGCUUUAUUCAUCCAAUAAAUACCUUAUAUGAUCAACGGGUUUAAUUAAUAGUUUAUUCGCUCAUUGACGAUUACGUUACGAUGAGUAAUAGAUUUCACUAAAUCAUUCCUUAUUUGUCACAAUGUUAUGCUAAAUUAGUAAUAGUAAGUGAAAAAUUAUGACUCUUUAUAUUAAUAGAUAUUUAUUUAUUAAAUAUUCAGAUGAUGAAACAAACAUUUGUCCAUGAUAUUAGUCAUCAAUUACAAUCGGCCAUAUUCUCCUCAGGCCUAGCAGCUAAAUUAAUAUGUUUAUUUUGUAUUAUUGGAUAUGGUCUUUCAUAUAGUCCACAAUGUGUUCGAAUACUCACAGUCAUUCCAGGCCAUGUUAUGCCUCCAAAUUUUUGGAUUUGGACAUUUGUAACACAUACUUUUAUUGAAUUACAUAUAUGGCAUACAAUAAUUGAUGUUAUUGUUGUUUUUCUUUAUUCAAAAAUGAUUGAACCAUUAUGGGGUACAAAAGAAUUAUUAAAAUUUUAUUUUAUUGUUACAAUACCAAAUGCAUUAAUUGUAACAUUUACUUAUUUUUUAUUUUAUGGUUUUACAUUUAAAGAAGAAUAUUUAUUUGAAAGACCUAUUUAUGGUUUAGCAUCAUUUAUCGGUGCAUAUUCAGUUAUUAUUAAACAAAUUAUGCCUGAUACAGUUAUAGCAACAACACCAUUUUUUAAACUUAAACAAGAUCAUGUACCAUUAUUAAUUAUUAUUCUAUCAACACUAUUAUGGAUUGCACAUGCUGUACCAAUACAUUUUUUAAUAAUGCUUAGUUUUGGUAUUAUUAUUAGUUGGACCUAUUUAAGAUUUUUUCAAAUUCAUCAAAAUGGAACGAAAGGUGAUAUGUCAUCAACAUUUUCGUUUGCUAGUUUCUUUCCAUCAUUUAUAUCACCAAUAAUAAGUGUUUUUGCUAAUACAAUUUUUGAAAUCUUUGUUAAAAUUAAAUUAUGUCAACCAUAUGUAAAGAAAUAUAAUGCUUCGUCAUCGUCAAGUGUUACUAUAACAAUUCCAGGAGCUGAAGCGGCUGAUGCUGAUAGACGAAGACAAAAAGCAUUAAAAGCUUUAAAUGAUCGUAUGAAAGUAAAAGAUACCUCAAGUGAAGCAUGGCCUGAAUUAGAUGACACUCAACAAAAUCCAUUAUUACCUCCUACACAUCAUAUAGACAGUUCAUCGGUAAAAAUAGACAUGAAUAAUUUACAUGGAAUAUCAACAUCUAAUAAAGAAGAUUUAAAUCAAGAACAAACAACAUCAUAA